GCGCGUCACUUCCGGUGACGCGUCACGUGUGUCAGGUUUAAUGUGCUCCCCCUGCCGCUACCGCCUCCGGUGUUUUCUCAGUGCAGGGUAAACCUCUGACUCCGGCCCCGGAUAGCGGGAGAGAGCAACAGGCCGGGCCCCUGUGUGCCCAGGACCAGGUGCAGCCACCAUGAGAACCAACAGAGUGUACAAGCUGGUCAUCCACAAGAAGGGCUUUGGGGGCAGCGAUGAUGAGCUGGUGAUAAAUCCUAAGGUUUUCCCAUAUAUCAAGCUGGGAGAUAUUGUGGAGAUUGCUCAUCCCAAUGAUGAGUACAGUCCUCUCUUACUGCAGGUGAAGUCUCUGAAAGAUGAUCUGCAGAAAGAGACUGUUAGUGUUGAUCAGACAGUGGCUCAGGUUUUUCGUCUCAGGGCUUACCAAGAUGUCUAUGUCAAUGUAGUUGACCCAAAGGAUGUUACACUUGACCUGGUGGAGCUGACCUUUAAGGAUCAGUACAUAGGCCGUGGAGACAUGUGGAGGCUGAAGAAAAGUUUGGUCAGCUCUUGCGCAUACAUUACUCAGAAAGUGGAGUUUGCUGGAAUCAGAGCACAGGCAGGAGAGUUAUGGGUGAAGAGUGAAAAGGUGACCUGUGGCUACAUCAGUGAGGAUACCAGGGUAGUGUUCCGUUCUACAUCCGCCAUGGUUUAUAUAUUUAUACAGAUGAGCUGUGAGAUGUGGGACUUUGAUAUUUACGGAGAUCUAUACUUUGAAAAGGCUGUCAAUGGAUUCCUAGCUGAUCUCUUCAAUAAGUGGAAGGAGAAGAACUGCAGUCAUGAGGUGACAGUCGUACUCUUCUCUAGAACCUUUUAUGAUGCAAAAUCCUUAGAUGAAUUUCCUGAAGCACAUCGUAACAACGCUGCCAUCAUACAGGAUCACAAGGGGAGAUUCUAUGAAGAUUUCUAUAAGGUGGUAGUUCAGAAUGAGAGACGCGAAGAAUGGACAUCACUGCUUGUCACGGUUAAAAAGAUUUUCAUCCAAUACCCUGUGCUGGUGCGACUGGAAAAUGCAGAAUCCUUUCCACCAGGACACAACUCUACCUCUGAUCAGGGGAACUAUCUAGAAGCCAUUAAUCUGUCCUUUAAUGUAUUCGAUAAGCACUAUAUAAACCGGAACUUUGACCGUACUGGACAGAUGUCCGUAGUCAUCACUCCAGGAGUUGGGGUGUUCCAGGUUGAUCGUUCUCUUAUGAUUCUUACCAAGCAGCGUAUGAUCGAUAAUGGGAUUGGUGUAGACCUGGUAUGUAUGGGAGAGCAGCCACUUCAUGCUGUUCCACUCUUCAAGUUACAUAAUAAGUGUAGUUCUGGAGACUCGCGUCUUGUAGAUGAUUAUAACAUCCCACACUGGAUCAACCACAGUUUCUACACAUCACAGAGUCAGCCUAUGAAUAACUGCUUCACCCCACGUAUCAAACUGGCAGCUCGUAAGGUGGCUAAUGAGAAAGGCAGAAUCGGAAGAGAUCCUUCACUUGGAAGCCCCAAAGAAACAGAGAAUGCUCUGCCCAUUCAAGUUGACUAUGAUGCCUAUGACUCUAUGGUAUUCCGAUUGCCUGGUCCAUCUAGAGCACAGCGCACCACUACCUUCAGGCCAGUAAGAGAGGCUCAGACCCGGAAGAGCUCCUGUUCUUAUGAUGUAUCCUGCAGCCCCUCCCAGCAGAGUCGCCCAUUCCCAUCCGAGGAGGGUCGGAGCCAGACGUCAGAUGAGAGCUCCUUGGGCAAAAUCUCUAACAUUCUGCUAAUACCACGACCACAUCUACAUCAAUAUGAAGCCAGUAGCUCUUUGGGUUAUACCAGUAACAGAGAUUUUCUGGAGAGAAUGAUGGAGUCUCAGCAACGGGACUCCAGUGCCCCUGGCAGGUUCCAUGUGGGAAGCGCAGAAUCUAUGUUGCACAUCCGACCAGGGGGAUACCAUCCCCAAAGGGCUCUUAUCAACCCCUUUGCACCAUCGCGCAUGCCAAUGAAGCUGACAUCAAAUCGCAGGAGGUGGAUGCACACAUUCCCUGUGGGUCCCUCUGGAGAAGCCAUACAAAUACACCACCAAACCCGUCAGAACAUGGCAGAUCUGCAAGGGAAUGGCCAGCGCGAAUUAGUUCAUUCCUCAGCAGAGCUUCUUGAGCUAGCAUAUCAUGAAGCCACUGGCAGACAUGGAGGUCCUCGCACACCGUUGGACAGCAGCUCCUGUGGUAGCACUGAAGAAUUCUCUGGAAAUGUCUCUAUCAAUGGACAUAGGAGCCACAGUGCAGUUACUAACCACAAGGAGAGAGAUUCCCCCGAUGAGAGUCUGCUGUGCUGUCCUGAACCAAUUUUGAUGCUGUCUGCUCCCCCUAUAGUGCCUGGUUUCUGCUGCACAGUUGGGGUGGAUUGGAAGUCCCUUACCACCCCAGCCUGCCUGCCACUCACCACAGACUAUUUCCCGGACAAGCAGAGCCUGCAAAACGAUUACACGGAGGGCUGCUAUGACCUACUGCCGGAGGCUGACUUAGACAGGCGUGAUGAGGAUGGCGCUCAGAUGACAGCACAGCAAGUGUUUGACGAAUUUAUAUGCCAGCGUCUCAUGCAGGGCUAUCAAAUUAUUGUUCAGCCAAAACAACCGAAAGCUAGCUCCUCCGCUCCACCUCCACUCAGCAGCAGUCCCCUCUAUAGACGAGGACUGGUAUACUGUAAGCGUCCAGAAGAAGAAAAUCAGUAUUGGCUUAGUAUGGGUCGGACAUUUCACAAGGUGACCUGCAAAGACAAGAUAAUCACAGUUACAAGAUAUUUGCCAAAGUAUCCAUGUGAAUCAGCCCAGAUCAGUUACACCUACAACUUGUGUCCCUCGCACUCUGACUGUGACUUUGUGUCUAGCUGGGUAGAAUUCUCCCAUGAGCGUCUGGAGGACUACAAGUGGAACUAUUUGGAUCAGUACAUCUGCUCUGCUGGCUCUGAAGACUUCAGUCUGAUUGAGUCCUUGAAGUUCUGGCGCACUCGAUUCCUCCUCCUUCCCUCUUGCGUGGGACCCACCAAGCGUAUCACUGAGGGGGAGCAUCACUGUGACUUGUAUGGAGAUCGUCCCAGAUCUGAGCAAGAGGAAGCGCAACUUUUGGAUGGAUUCUUGCGAUUUGUGGAGGGGCUGAAUCGCAUUCGUAGACGUCACAGAUCAGACCGCAUGAUUAGGAAAGGAGCAGGUAUGAAAGGACUACAGCUCCCUUCUCACCUACCAGAACCCCCUGGGCCUCCAGUUGGAAAGAAAGGAACCUCUGCACUCUCAGCUCUGCUGGAGAUGGAAGCAAAUCAGAAGGGAUUGGGAGAACAGCAAGCUUUUGUGCAUGCUGGGAAAGUGCCAUGUCAGGCUGCAGACCCAGCUGUCACUCCAACCUAUGUGGACAGCCCUCGUAAGGAUGGGGCCUUCUUUAUGGAUUUUGUUCGCAGUCCACGUACAGCACCACCCUUCACCCCGCAGAUUUCUAUUGACCAGGGAGCCUCCUCCUACACUGAUGGGAACAGUGCUCUGACAAACUGUGCUCCAACAGACAGAACUCCUAGCCAAGGGGGGAACUCGGUAGAGCAGCCACUUCCCUCAGCUGAAUCAAGCGUGACACAAGUGUCUGUUGGACCAAUCAAUCUUCCUUCCAGUGCCAGCUUAGGUGAAAUCCUGGAGGCUAUGAAACACCCAACUACAGGUAUUCCAUUGUUGUCCGAACAGAAGGGCCUUCCUCCAUGCUGCUUCAUCAGUGCUGAGGUUGUGCAUUGGCUGGUGAAUAACAUUAGCUGGGUGCAGACUCAGGUGAUGGCCAUGGACAUCAUGCAGCAGAAGAUGCUGGAUGAUCAAUAUAUUACUCAUGCUUCCGGAGAAACACUUAGAACCUUCAUUUAUGGAUUUUACUUAUAUAGGAUUCCGCCUGAAAAGGAACCUGAGAGAACAACAGCAACCCUGACACAACCCAGCGCUUGGCAUUCUGCUGCAAUGGAGGAUUUCACAGCUUUUCAGCGGAAGUGGUUUGAGGUUGCUCUAGUGGAAGAGGAGCUGCUACACUCUGAAAUACCACCAUUUUUGUUGCCUUGGCUGCCCAGUCGGCCCGCCUCUUAUGCAAGUAGGCACAGUUCUUUCAGUCGCAGCUUCGGAGGAAGGAGCCAGGCCGCAGCACUGCUAGCUGCCACUGUCCCAGAACAGAGAACAGUAACCCUGGAUGUGGAUGUUAACAACCGUACUGACCGAUUAGAGUGGUGCAGCUGUUAUUAUCAUGGAAACUUCUCUCUAACUGCUGCAUUUGAGGUCAAGCUACACUGGAUGGCUGUGACGGCUGCUGUGCUGUUUGAGAUGGUUCAGGGUUGGCACAGAAAGGCCACCUCCUGUGGUUUUCUUCUCGUGCCGGUUCUGGAGGGUCCAUUUGCUCUGCCAAGCUACCUGUAUGGAGACCCGCUGCGUGCUCAGCUCUUCAUUCCACUCCACAUUAACUGCUUGAUAAAGGCUGAAAGUGAUCAUCUAUUUGAGGGUUUUGAACCAGAGACCUAUUGGGAACGAAUGCACCUGUUCCAGGAGGUGAUUGCUUCUCGAUUUGGCUUCAUCCAGGAUAAAUAUUCAGCCUCUGCAUUCAACUUUCCAUCAGAGAAUAAACCACAGUAUAUACAUGUGACAGGUGCUGUAUUCUUACAACUCCCUUAUUCCAGGCGGAAGUAUACUUCAGGCCAACAGAGACGGAGGAGAAACUCUACCAGCUCAUCAACUCAAAGCCUGUUUGGUGAAGAAAAGAUAGGUUACAACUGGGCCUAUAAUACUAUGCUGACCAAGACCUGGCGCUCAAGCGGCACAGGAGAUGAGCGCUUUGCAGAUCGCCUGCUAAAGGACUUUACAGACUUUUGUGCAAAUCGGGAAAAUAGACUUGCUCUCUUUUGGGCCAGCUGCUUGGAGAAAAUGAAUAUGAGUGAACCUUGACUGUAUUCUUUGCCAUGGCUUAUAUUUAUAGCUUGAGUCAGCAGCUGGUUUAAUUGAUCGCUUACUAAAUUUUACUGCAGUUUGCUUGUAAUACAGGUUAAGAAAAGAAUGUUGAAAUAGUAUUUUUAGAUAUUUUCCCCUAAACUUCUUGUGCUUUGGAAGAAAUCACAACUAUAAUAGUUUGAGUAAAACACCCUUUAUGCUGUAAAUAAUAACCCUAACUGAAAAGCUGUUCAUUUGACCUCUAUGAGGGCUUUCUACCUGCAUUGACCAUUGUCUUGAGAUUGUCAUUUGCAACUUUCAACUGACUUAAGCUGAAACAGUUGCUAAUGCCUCUGCCAGUUCCCCUAUGGGGAAUAAUGGAGAUUUUCCAAAGCAUUGGGCUCUUACUUCCUGCGCACAGGAUGUUAACCUUUUCAUUGAGCUGCCAAAUUUGCUAUAGACAUAGUGGGAUUUUUUUUCCCUGCACUGACCUUAAAUUCAUGUUCUGAAAGCUAUGCAAUCUGUUCUCCUACAGAUAUGGAACUAAACGUCCCAGCGUGCUUUGAAUAACAUACAUUAAAAUAUAGGGUGUUUAAGCAUGUCCAACAUAAUAAAAUACUAUAUAUUGCAGUACCCUAAAUACUAAACAGAACGUGAAAGUUGACCUCUUCCGUGGGGUAAGGUCACUUCAAGCUGUUAAUUGGUUUUUCUCAAAUAAAACGAUCAUCAUGUACAA